GAUGGCAAGACUGAAAUGAAAUCCACUCUCAUUAACCUGGUCAACUUUGUAGUGUGCCAACUCUUUGCCUUGCUAGCAGCCAUUUGGUUUCGGACUUACCUGCAUUCGAGCAAAACUAGCUCUUUUAUAAGACAUGUUGUUGCCACCCUUUUGGGCCUUUAUCUUGCACUUUUCUGCUUUGGAUGGUAUGCCUUACACUUCCUCGUACAAAGUGGAAUUUCCUACUGUAUCAUGGUCAUCAUAGGCGUGGAGAACAUGCACAAAUAUUGUUUUGUCUUUGCUUUGGGAUACCUCACAGUAUGCCAAAUUUCUAGAGUCUAUAUCUUUGAUUAUGGACAAUAUUCUGCUGAUUUUUCAGGCCCAAUGAUGAUAAUUACCCAGAAGAUCACUAGUUUGGCUUGUGAAAUUCAUGAUGGGAUGUUCCGGAAGGAUGAGGAACUGACUCCCUCGCAGAGAGGCUUAGCAGUCAGGCGCAUGCCGAGCCUUCUGGAGUAUUUAAGUUACAACUGUAACUUCAUGGGCAUCCUGGCAGGCCCCCUCUGCUCGUACAAAGACUACAUCACGUUCAUCGAAGGCAGGUCGUACCAUGUGGCACAAUCAGGUGAAAACAGAAAAGAAGAAAUGCAGUGUGAAAGGGCAGAGCCGUCCCCCAACAUGGCAGUUAUUCAGAAGCUCUUGGUCUGUGGGCUCUCCUUGUUUUUUCACCUGACCGUCUCAAGAACGUUGCCAGUGGAAUACAACAUUGAUGAGCGUUUCCAAGCUACAGCUUCGUGGCCGACAAAGGUUGUCUAUCUGUAUGUCUCUAUUUUGGCUGCAAGACCCAAAUACUACUUUGCAUGGACGUUGGCGGACGCCAUCAAUAAUGCUGCCGGCUUUGGUUUCAGAGGCUAUGACAAAAACGGAGCAGCUCGUUGGGACCUAAUUUCCAAUCUGAGAAUUCAGCAGAUAGAGAUGUCAACAAGUUUCAAGAUGUUUGUGGAUAACUGGAAUAUUCAGACAGCUCUCUGGCUGAAGAGGCACCCACCAAGGUCUGAGAUCACUAGCGCCCUCCCGCUCUCAUUCUCCGGAGAGUUGCUCAAACACAGAUUGUUAAAGAGAAAUUUUUUUGUUUCUUUAUUUCAGAUGAGAAAUAACUUUCGACAUCAUUUCAUCAAAACUCCCCAACUGAAGUUACUGUACGAUAUCAUAACAUGGGUAGUAACUCAAGUGGCAGUAAGUUACACGGUCUUGCCCUUUGUACUUCUUUCUAUAAAACCGUCGUUCAUGUUUUACAGCCAUUGGUAUUACUGCCUUCACAUCGCUAGUAUCUUAGUAUUAUUGUUGUUGCCGCUGAAAAAAACUCAAAGAGGAAAGAAGACACAUGAAGAUGUUCAGCUGUCACGAUCCAAAAAGUUUGAUGAAGGAGAACAUUCUUUGGGGCAGAACAGUUUUUCCACAGCAAACAAUGUUUGCAGUCAGAAUCAAGAAGUAGCCUCUAGACAUUCAUCAUUAAAGCAAUGAUGGAGAAAACACUCUGAUGGCUAUUUUUGUAUGUUAACAGAAACCAGUCUUAGCACCUUUCAAGGGAUUUGUGUCUGUUUGAAAAGAGAUUAUGUCGGGGGGAAAUCAGGCAGUUACAGGUAGGGAAUUCCCUGUAUCCCAGAUUGGAAAUGGAAUGAAAUAACCCCUCCCAUGCCAUGUCCCUGUGGGCCACGCCUUAUAUGAAAACAUUUCCAUUAUUUCAAUGGGCACUCAGGACCUCAGCAUAUGUCCACACGGUCAUAUGUGUGCCCUGUUGCUGAAUGUAUGUUGCGUAUCCCAAGGCACUGAAGAGGUGGAAAAAUAAUUGUGUCAAUCUGGAUGGUUGAGAAAAAUUAACUUUUCCAAAUGAAUGUCUUGCCUUAAACCUUCUAUUCCCUAAAAUAUUGUCCCUAAAUGGUAUUUUCAAGUGGGAUAUUGUGAGAACACUGUUUCAAUAUUUGAUGUUGUGUGUCGCACAGGAUUUCCGGAGGAAUUUAAACAGGAUAUUUAAGAUGGCGGAUACUUUAAAAUGCAAUAAAUAGCUCACUAUUUGAAGGGUUUUCUUAAAGUAUCUCAAAUGACUGUGGUCUGUAGGGAAACGGUAAACAGUAAUGGACGGCAAAUUAUAGGAACCUUAUUUUCCUGGAGAGCUUAAUUACCCUGUGUCAGGCAGAGAGCCCUUCAGGGGAAGAUUUCUUCAGUAUAAUCAAAGGUUGAUGAUGUAAUAUUUUAAGCUUGUUUUCUUAAAAUAGAGAAAGAAGAUGGCAGAGGAAGGCGGGCAGGCAUGAAUGAAGCAGGCGCUCCGUGGGCGCGGCGGGGACGGGCCCCCACAGGUGCCAGGUCUCCGCACAAGCACGUCCCCCCGGUUUAUAUGAGUUAUUUGCAAUUAUGUAAGACAUGAAAGUUGAAUAGCUUUUUACUAUGUUGGACUUGUGAAAGAAAUUUAUCAAGCGUAAGUUAUAUAGUAUUAUAAAAAGCAUUAUGAAAAUAAUAGUGGGAGAUUGCUUGAAGGUUUUGAAAGAGAAAUCUUGGAAUUAGCUUACUCUCGAGCUAAUCACUGCUUUAUCCUUGACAUUUAUAUUGGUAUUUGGGAAAAGUUUUAGGAAAAUGGAAACUUAUGAUCAUUAGGUCUGAACCACAUUUUUAGAGAAUGAUACAGUUUCCAAACUCUUCUCACAUAAAAAUUCUACCAUUCACUCUUAUUAAUGAGUUUUAGAUUCUGAAAGUAGGAAAAUGCACUUUGACCUCAUGGGCCAUUUUCACCGUAAUUAAUUUCAUCUUGAAUUGCUAGACGUCUCAUUUUACUCCUUUUUCCCCACAGUCUUGUGAUGCUGCAGGAGCUGAAGGCAGGGUGGAGGGGGUCAUGCCAGCCUGGGGUGGGGCCACAGCCACAGAGGGGACAUCCUGGGCCAAGAGAGGGAAGGAUGGGCGGGGCCUUCUGAAUUCACUGUUAUGCCACCCAUUUUCUGUGGAAGUUCUUUUCGUUUUGCCUUAAAUUUUUCAUGAAAUGCAAAUUGUCUGUCUAUGGUGAGUCUCUUUUUUUUUAUCAUUAAUAAAUUUGCAAAUGAAGUUACGGACAGAACCGCUCUGGUUUAAGCUGUGUAGUACUUCAUUUCAAGACAAAAGGAAAGGCAAAAUACAUGGAACUUUUGAGGUCUAACCAGCAAAAAUAGCAGUGCAUCUUCCUAGAACUUUAGUAAUAUCUUAGCCUUUGUUUAUAUGAAAUGUUUUUAUUUUUCUAAAGGUAAAUUUUUUCCACCUGACGGUGUUAGCCAUGCUGUUACCUCCCAGGAAAGGACAGAUUGCUAAAUUCCUUUCCUCUAUUUUCCCAGGCACUGAAAUUAAGCUGUGGGAUGUGGAGAGUGGCCCCCACAGUGUCUCCUCAAUUUAAUUAAUGCUGCAGAGAAUCUGGCUACUGUUAAGAAAAAGUCAACAAGUUUAGAGGUUAAAAGACAAGUCUAGGCAUGUUGUAAGUGCAAACAAGAAAGUGUAAUAAAACCUUUUUUUUUGUUCAGCCUACCUAGCCCUUACCGAAUAAUCAUGAUUUAUUUCUACUACCUGACUACAUUUGAUUUCUCAGUCUGUACACCUAAAAUAACUUAUUUAUGUUUUUUGCUCAAUGAAUGUAAUCAAAGCAAGAUGAUUGAUGAAUUUUCCAAUUAUGUUGAAGACAAUACGUUAUAGAUACAGUUGACGGCUUUCCAUUAUCUGGAUUGUCUGGGGUUUGUGGGGUUUUUUGUUUUGUUUUUGGUAUGAAAUAGGUUUUGAAUACCUUUUCUUUAAUUUUGGAGAAAUUACAAUCACAAGUAUGCAAUCUUGGAGAAAAACUGAAGAACUAAUUCUAAUCCUCAGCUUGACUUUUCUCCUCGAGAAGAGACCUUGUGCUUUAGAAAAUGAAUAUACCCACUUGGAGCGUUGUAAGGGUUAAUACGUUACUUCUAAUUACAGUAGGAGAAUUGCAAACUGGUACAGCUCUGCGAUGCUAAGUUUAAAGGGAUUCGUUGUAAUAUGCGCUUCUUGCUUCUUUUUUAAUCAACAGAAUAGGAUUCAGUGUGUAUUUAAAGUUACUGUUUCUCCACUCUUCAGUUGUCAUGGAACCACUCCAGAAAUGAUCGAUCAAUAUCAUUUUUAUAUUUUUACUUAAUUAUUAUACUACUCAGGGAGAAAAUGAACGAAAAUAAUUAUCUUUCCCUCAAUUUUAUUUUCUUGAAACAGUAAGUUAAUUUAUUUUGACAUAUCUCAGCUGUCACCAUUUUCCAACUGGCUUAUUCUUGGUUUUUAAAAGAAGCAUUUUUUUUAAUUGGAACUCGGGAUGACUGAGGAAAUUGACUUGGCUUCUAAAGUGCCCAGCGUAACAGAGGAGGUGUAUUUGGCUUCAGAAACGUCCAGCCACCACGUAUACUGCCACCAUACUCUUGGUUAAAAAGUAUUUUUUAAAUUGAUUCCCACCAUGGAUAACAUUCACAUAGAGGAUUUCCACAGAUACCAGUUUUGAGGGAAAAAUGCAGUAAAAAGAAUGGUUUUUAAAAGUGAAGGUCACACACAUUGAAGCACCAGUUGUCCUGGGAAGAGCUCUGGGUGUUCACCUGGCUCUGUCAUCGGUGAGCCUGGUGACCUGGACAAGUCCCCUGUCCUCCAGAUGAACCUUGCUGUGAAGCCCAAGGGUUAGUUCCAGAAGCUCAUGACCAGUGUGUUUGUAAGGAGUGGAAGCCAUUAGCAAGCUCUGUCAGAGCCACACGCAAGGGCGGAUUCACAGGCAGGAUCGUCUUCUUGGUCAUUUACUUUUACUACUUGAGCUCAAAGCCCUGACUUUUCGAAAGUGUUUUGAGGCAACAAGAAAACCUCUCAAUCCAUUAAAUCAGAAGUGUGGCAACAAACCCUUUCUAGUGAACGUAGUGUUAAAUGGAAUCUUUAAAUUAAAUAAUGAAAUAGUCUCCACUGGAAAAAUAUUUUCUCCUUUUACUUUUUCUGCUUUUUUGGUUUCUGUUUGUGCAAUGUAGACUGAAGAAGAUAUAUGCUAAAAAAUAUUUUAUAUGAAUUACCAACUUUACUGGACAAAGUUUACCACCGUGUAACUUCUCAAAUAGUAUUUCAUUCAAAGAUAUUUAAAGAAUAUUUAAUUUGCACCUUAUUUUAAACUACAGAAAAAAUUACUUUAAAAUGUUGCCAUUAAAAUAAUUACAAAGUUUAUACUUUUAUUCAAGGUCUGCAUUACAUUUAGGACAAAAAUCUCUCCUAUUUAAAAUUCAAACGUUUUGAAUUUUAAUUUCUAUAUUCAUGGACAACUCUGGACAUUUAUACUUUUCUGUUUCCUUAUUUUGAAUUGUUCAAAAUUAUUAGUUUAUUGAUUUGAAGGGUUCUGCAUUACAGUUGAAAGAAAAAAUUACUUGAGAGAAUAAUUGUUUCAGAAUAGUGCCUGUUACUACUUUGUCAGUGAAGGACUUGUCCAGAGUUUUAGAUAUAAACCAGUAUUUUGUGGAGUUUUAUUCAGCCACUAAUAGUCCAUCCUGGCUGAAAUUGAAUACAGCAGAUUUAACGUAGGUGCAGAAUUCUAAAUAACGCUGUGAAAUACAGUCUUGACUGCCCUCAAGUACCUUAUAAAACUACACUUAACCCAGGGUACAUUUAAUGAAUGGCUGAUCGUUUAUACACUUCAGUUAGAUGCUGAAAGUUCUGCUUUCUGCAGUCCUUUCUUAUAAAAGUGCAUUUGUGUCCAUGCACGCUCCUUAUGCUGAAGGAAAAUAUUUGCAUUAAAAAAAGAAAUUCCACUCUGAAAUGUGGAUUUGCAAGAUGAGGAAGCAGAGGAUCUCUACAGUGAUUUUCUGCAGCACCACUCAGUCAAAUCUAUCUAGAGUAACUCAAUACUGAAAAAACUUAAAAUGAGAUCUUCCACGUUGGCAUUUUGUAGGACUGCUCUUAAAAUCAGUGACUAAGCUGCUUUUUGUGUCUCUUGUACCAAGGAUGCAGCCAAUUACAUUUUACUUGGUUUGCUGCUUAAUAAUGUUUUUAUAUGUUUAAAAUAGUAUUUAUUUGAAUUUUUUUAACAUUAUGCAAACCCCAGUAAAGAACUGGUAAGCUCUAUAUAGGUCAUUGAUUGGGAAGACUUUCUGAAAUGGAGCCUGAAGAUGCAUUUUUAUGCCAACUAAUUUGUCUUGCCUUUAAGACUGAUUAUACCUGUCUUCUUUCAGUAGAUCUUUUAUAAAGCAAAAGAACAAAACAAAAAAACCCAAGACUGUUCUGUAAAUAAGAAUAUAAAGAUUCACGCAAAAUCACUGUCUAAAGCUUAUUCAGUGAUGCAAAGCCAUCUUUCCAGUCCCGUUUUAUCAGAUUUUGCUACUAUAAAAAGAAAUGGAAAUAUAAUGAAAAACCAAAAGUUACAGAGCAACAUCAGUAAAAUGAGUAACCAUUUUCUUAAUAACAUGUUUGAAAUGGAAAAAGUGACUGGCUGCCUUUACUGGUGUUGUAAAUGACCAUAUUCUGCCCAGUCUCUGUUUUGGGGUAAUUUUAAGAAAUUGGUUUGUUACCAUUCCUCUUUGCUUUUUCCUGUCAAAGGGCAAACACAUGUAAGGAGUUUGACAGCCUUUUAAAAUAUGCCUCUUUUCUGAUUUUAAGCAUUUUUGAUUCUGUAUCUAUGGGUUUGUCAACAAAGUCCAUUCGCUCCUGACUUAUUUACACAGGAGAAAAGGAAUCAAACAUUCGACACACACGUGUUCCAAGCCAGUCUUCUCCAUCUUCUGUCACCUGUACGCAGCUGCCUCCCUGAACCAGGAGGGGCCCGAUGGAAAGCAAUAGGAAUAAAAGUAAAAAUAAUUCAGGUGAAACCAGAGAAGCCCUUCUCCAUACAGAGUGAAAAUGUGUGAUUUCAUCCUGCCUUCCUUUACAGGUUGUGUCUUGAUCUCUGCGUAGGAGUAGUUGAACAUUGUUAGCCAAACGCGAGAAGGGUUCCAGCGCCAGCAGCCAGUAUUUACAAUCGUCACUUGCCUUCCCUGGGUGAGAAUAGAACGUGGUGUUCUGUGCAUUUUGUUUUUGUUAUUCCAAAAUAUUUUUUAAAGAAGUGUUAUUUUUUGACAGAUCCAUAAAUUAGUUCCGUGUUGUAUGGCAAAUUAAAACUUACCACUGUGUCAGUUACACUGUGACGUGAUAAUUUCAUAACCGCUCAUUUCGAGUCUGUGUCCUCAGAGCUGCACUGGUGGCUUGUUGCUGGGUUUUAAAGAUGUUUUUAACUGAACAUAUAAAUGUUUUUUUCUAAUUUGUGUGUCUUUAAAAAAAUGAUUAAACGGUAGUUUAAAAAUA